GAGAGUGGAUUGUAAACAAACGGCUAUGGCUGCUGAGAGGGGCGGAGGCGACAACAAUAUUAACGACGAAAUGGGGAACCAGCUACAGCUCCUGCCAGAAAAUGAAGAGGAGGAGGAGGAUGACAUGGAGAUGGAGGAUCGAGAUGGUGAGGAUGCAGAAAAGCCAAGUAUUAUAAACUUUGACACGAGUCUGCCAACGUCACAUGCUUAUCUGGGCUCAGACAUGGAGGAGUUUCACGGCCGCACUCUGCACGAUGAAGAAAGUGUGCAGAAUCUGCCCGUUCUUCCCCACGUUGCUCUUAUACUGAUCCCAGGUCAGACGCUACCCUUGCAACUUUUCCGACCACAGGAGGUCAGCAUGUUCCGCACCCUCAUAAGCCAAGAUCGCACAUUUGCAGUGCUUGCACACAGUCCUGAUGACAGUGGAGGAGCGAUAAAGGCAGAGUUUGGGACGACUGCAGAGAUCUAUGCAUUUCGAGAGGAACAGGAGUAUGGCAUAGAGACAGUGAAGAUAAAAGCCAUUGGACGGCAACGCUUCAGAGUGCAUGAUAUACGCACACAAGCAGAUGGGAUUCGCCAGGCAAAAGUGCAAAUUUUACCUGAGAGGAUUCUGCCAGACCCUUUAUGUGGACUGCAAUCCCAGCCAUGCUUACACACACACAUGCCACAGACCAGACACUCACAAACAACAACACCACAAGUCCGGUGCAGCCAGACCUAUAAACAGAAGCAGCUCCAUUGUGCUAGUAUGACCUCAUGGCCUCCCUGGGUGUAUGCCCUUUAUGACUCUAAAACUCUAAUGAGCAGAGUAAAGAAACAACUCCACGAAUGGGAUGAAAACCUGAAAGAUGAGUCCCUUCCCACAAAUCCCACAGAUUUCUCAUACAGGGUGGCUGCAUGUCUGCCAAUAGAUGAUGCUUUAAGAUUGCAGCUACUGAAGAUUAGCAGUGCCAUUCAGAGACUUCGCUGUGAGUUGGACAUUAUGGACAGGUGCACCUCUCUGUGCUGCAAACAGUGUCAGGAUACAGAGAUAACCAGCAAGAAUGAAAUCUUCAGUCUGUCUCUGUAUGGGCCAAUGGCAGCAUAUGUGAAUCCCCAUGGAUAUGUUCAUGAGACACUUACGGUCUACAAGGCCAACAAUCUCAACCUGAUCGGACGACCUUCCACACUGCAUAGUUGGUUUCCAGGGUAUGCAUGGACAAUUGCUCAGUGCAGAACCUGUGGUUCUCAUAUGGGCUGGAAGUUCUCAGCUGUAAAGAAGGAUCUGAGACCACCUCGUUUCUGGGGGUUGACUCGUUCUGCCCUGUUACCAACAAUCCCACAAGGCGAGGAGGGAGUCGAGGGGUCACGCUUACUGUGCCUGUGACAUAAUCUGUGGAUUGUCUGUGACCUUUUAACCCUACUGCCCACAAACACAAGCAUAUAUGCUCCCCUGGGGGUUUCUUUUAUCACCCCCAAAAACAUUUGACUUCAAAACCUCACCCAGAGAGGGAGAGCAAAUGUGUUUGUGAGAUUAUGUGUAGAUGCAUGCAUAAAUAGGGAGAGUAAGGAAAAGGAGACAGGGAAGCGCAAGGCACUGGAAUAGAAAGAAUGACAGUUCACAAGUUGUUGCCUUCACACACUCAGUGCUGUGUAAAUUACAGCCCGAUAUGUGCAAUAUCAUAUGAGGUGAGCUCUAUGAAAUUAUGGUCUGUUGUAAAGUACUCAUUUACAGUCUCAGCACCUUUUCACUCAUUGUUGCUGCCUAGAACAGUCAUUGAUGCUCUUUAAGCAUCUAGUGGACUAGACAGUAGGCCAUGCAAUGGCAUAAAAAAAUGUGUCCACAAAUAUAAUUAGAGAAGUGAUCUUUCAUGCACACUUUUAGUGACAUGAUCAACAAUCUGAAAUAGAAAAAGGAAAGGCACACCAGCACAGCUUCCAUGAACAGGAUUUUUAAUUGAUAAGUAGUGACAUUUCGAGCAUACCGCUCUACCACAGACUCAACAAUCUGAACAUGCUGAAUGCUUCAAACAAUCAAAUGAUAUUGCUUGUCUUAGCUCCUGGAAAACAGUUUAGAAAAUCUAAACUGCUUGAACUAAAUAAUUCCACAGAUGCUUGUUAUGCGCUUGUACUGUGGAUAGACUUCUUCCAGUAACUACCGGACAGAUUUGACAGCCAGUGAAUAAUAAUGGAGAUAUCACGGAGUUGCCCUUUAUGUUAUUGAGGCUCAAUAUCAGUGUAAUUUUCAAAAUGUAUUUUAUUUUUCUCAAUAUCUGUUUUGUUUUGUCCUUUUUUUUUCUAUUUUCCAUUUAAUUGUAAGAUAUGAUGUAUAUGUGUGUUCAGAGCCACAAACAUGUAUUAAGAUGUGUGUAUCCAGGUGGGUGUGUGUGUGUAUAAGCUGCAGUCUGGAUAGAGAAAUGUCUUUAAAAAAAAUAUACAAAAACCUCUUUUCACUUAUUCAUUCAAUGGGGUUCAAAAUACAUCAUUUAUGCAGUAAAUGCGUUCUGCAUACACACGUGCACAUUCUCCAGUAGUUAAUUACUUAAUCUGUAAUAAGAAGAAAACACAAACUUACACAGGGAUCUGUACUGUCCAAGAUAUCGAUUCUGUUGAGUGCUGAUAAAUUCUCACCAAUAAAUCAUCUCUGAA